AUGCUGUUAGCCAAAUGUUCGACGGACGAUGUCAAUAUUGGCAACGAAGCCCACAAUACAGCGCUACACUGGGCAGCAAUCAAUGGCCAUAUCGAUGUGGUCAAGGCGUUAGUGGAGGCUGGAGGUGACCCAGAUAUCAAGAACGAGGCCGGUCAUUCUGCCACGUUUGAGGCUCUGAACAACAAUCACGAAGCCGUUAUCACAUUUUUAAUUGCGCGCGAGGAAGAACUGGCGAAGAAAGGCGGAGAGGACAGUAAGCACAACACAAUUUCAGCGGGCAAGACGGAUGAGAGUACUGAUACUCCUGAACAAGCAGAAAACACCGGGACAUCCAGUAAUUGA